AUGAUCCCAAGCCUAAGGGACGUGACUCCGAGCAGCGACAAAGAUCCAGAGCUUCUAUGCGCAAUUGUGGAUGGAAUGAGCAAAAUGCUCGAGAACCCCGGCGCUGGCUUGGCCCCACUGAUCAGGGAACGUGCUUUGAUCGACGUCGUCGCCGGUGCUGGAGAGCUUGCAUUUGCUCCGGAUUCAGGUCAUGACGUGCACGUCAAGUACGGGGACAUCUUCGUGGCCAUCAUCAAUAAGACUCCUGUUUCUUCGGCUUUACCUCUCCUCACGUAUCUCAUGCAGCCUACAACCCCUCCGUGGCUCAAGUCACAGCUCUCGAAACAGCUCUCACUGGUUCCUCUACGCCCUCACGGCGUUCGACACACAAUCGAGUUUAUAGCGUCUUCGUACCCGCAGCCAGCCGGCACCCAAGACAGGGCCAAAGGCCCUUCGCUGCCCCUCGAAGCUCUGGUGCAAGCAUCAAAGCUUCUCUCGUCCGUCCCAAGCUCGAUGGAUGCUGAAUCGUACUUUACUGCUCUCGCACCGCAGUUGUUAACCAUGCUUGAUGGUGUGGAAGGCCAAGAGUUGGCCAAAGCUGCGGCACUGAUAAUCGGCAGCGGCAUACUUGGGAAGAAGGCGUUAGGUGCGCCAGGGGCCAUAGGAUGGCGCCUCUUUGCAGAACCCAUAUUCUUCAGCAUCAAUCCCCCCAAAGUCAGUGUGGAAGGUUCCGGAAGCUUUGUGUCGAAUGAUACCCAUGCCUUCGUUGCGGAGCCGGAACUCAGGCGCGCAGUAAGCCGCCUGGUCACACUUCUCACAUCACGUCCCAACCCUGGCUUGUCCAAACGUUUACUCGGGCGAUUGAUGCUUCCACUAUGGGCACUUCUUGAUUACGCGAAAUGCCAUCCCGUUGACCGUGUUUGGAGAGAUAUACCAUGGCAGCUGCUCGAGACGUUCUUUCGGCUGGGUGCCGGCGUGGAGCAGCUCGAAACCUUAGCGUUGAGCCUGCUCUGGGACGGGCCACCGGCUUGGACUUUCGCUCCUGGUAGCGACGGUGGUAUUGAGAUCCGUCGCAGGGAGCGCUCUUCCGAGGACGAUGCCUUCAAUGUUAUUGCGCAGAUGAACAGUCUGGAGCAGAAAUUGGCCAUGUAUCAAGAGCUUUUAAUCGCGAGCGGUGUUGAAGACCAGGAUAUUGGAGACCUCUUCGUCAAGUUAACCAGACGCUGGUUGGUACCCCGCUCUUCCAUGGCGGAACAUGUUCCCAAGUUGGAGGCUGCGAUGGAAGAAGAUCCAUUUCAAUCCCUCAUCACUGCCAAAUUGGUCAUGGGUAUACUGGAGAAAUUCAGAGACAAGCUAGCAGCGCAACCAGACAAUAUGAUCGAGCUGGUCAAGCAGCUGCUCUACGAAUGGACCGAGUCCGAAAAAGCCAGGAAGAAGCGAGUCGAAGAUUUACAGAGGCCUACCUACGCCGGCUUACGCAACAUUGUCCAGCAGCAGCAGAAAGGGGGCAUGAUACCCGAGCAGCAAGCCGCCUCAGCGGAUAUCGACUCGAGUGAGAUCCUCCCGGUGGCGCUCAGUCUCUUGAACACGCUCCUCUCUGCGCCGAACUUUCACCCAACCGCUCAAACAUCCUCCACCCUCUCCAUCAUCCUUCCCACCCUUUCCAACCUCCGCGACCACGAACCCGGUAGCGAGCUUCCGCCCUCCGUCUCCGUGACGGCAGCGAAUCUCACAACCCGCAUCUCCACCUUGCUCAACGUCCCUGUACCUUCUGAUCCAAGCAACCGUACCGCCGUCGCCGCACCCACUGCCGACGACCAAAAAGCUCUCCAAGCCGCACUCGCCGACCUCACAUCUCCCACCGCCCCCCUCCGCGCCUCUGCCCUAAGCACCAUCGCCUCACUCGCCUCGUCGCACUCCCGGGUUAUCGACGUUCCACAGCUAACACUUCUUCUCCUACGUACUUCCCUCCCGGACGCCGAUGAAUACGUCCACCUGCACGCCAUCAAAACUCUCGCCGCGCUCGCUUCCCUCGACCCGCAGCUUGUCGCCGGACAGCUGCUCGCAAAUGCCUUUGUCGACGCCGACGAGACGGCUGUGGGAGAAGGCGGGCUGGACGCACGCCUGCGCAUCGGCGAGGUGCUGGGCCGCGUCGCCGCAGACGUGCAGGAAUCGCUUGUCCACGGCCGGAACCGUUAUCAGUCGUCACCACCAGACGCCUCCCGCACCGUGAUCCGCAAGAUCGCCAGCGCCGCCGUGCGCGUGUCGUCUCGCCGCGGCCAGCGCGUGCAGGACCAGCGCGCCCGCCAGCGCACCGCGCGGCUCGAGGAGCGCAGGAGGCGCGACGCGGAAAAGGCGUGGGGCGGCGAGGUCCCCUCGAUCCUGGGCGAAGAGGAGCAGGGAGAAGAGGACGAACGAGACGCCGCGCUCCUCGCAUCCGUAGUGUCCGGCUGGAGCGACACGGGGCUUGAGGAGGACGUGCGGCUGCGCGCGCUCGCCCUGAGCGUCUUCACGACCGUCGUCCAGGAGCCCGCGACGCUGGCGCUGCUGCCGCCCGAGGACGUGGCGGCUGGCAUCGACAUCGCGGUUGGCAGCUUGGCGCUUGAGACAGAGGAGAGGCACGCAGUGCUGAGGCGGGCGGCGGUGCUGGUGGUAUGGGGGUUCGUGAAGGCGGUGGAUAAGGUGCAUGAAGAGGGGGGUAGCAAGGGAGCGAUGGUUGGAGAAGGUGCCGGGCUGUCGCCGACCAAGUGGGAGGAGGUGGAGAGAGUUGUUGGGUGGGUGAGGGAUCAGGAUGGGGAUGCGGUCGUAAAGGGGCAUGCAGGUGAGGUGCUAGAGGCACUACAGACAUGGCGCGUGAAGAAGGCGCUGGGUGUGAGAGGGGAUGGUUCGUUGGCUGGGCAGGGUAUCCAGUUAACAGGUGAUCUGGGGCUAUCUGAGCUGAGAGGCUUAAGCAUUGGUGUGAAUGCGCAGGAUGAGAGCAGGCAAAGCCAUGGUAAGAAGCUUGUAGUAGAGGAGACUGAGUAG